CAUUGCCCAUUUAUUUCAUUCAAGUGGCAGUUGUCAUGGCGGCAGUGCGUUCUUUACGGACUAGUGGUGUUUUUCUAUUAUUAUUUUUAUUGAAAAUAACGAACGCAUCGUCCGGACCAUGGAUAUUUUCGGUGGACGUAAAUGAAAAAUCGUGUUCCGAGUUAAAAUGUGUUUACAAUUUGAAUGUGAACGGGUUAGAUUUCGAUGUGUGGUCAUUAACCGAGGUGCCGGCGGCUCGUGGUGGGGACUGCGAGGGUCGAUUUCUAGAAGAAAAGUCGACUAAAAACGUCGAAUUGAUUGUACCUGUUGCGAAAAAGUUGUUCUUCUGUGCAAAGGGACCUGAUGGAGUGUGGUAUAACCAAGGAGAGAGCUUAUUUUUGGAAGCCAAUGACGUCAUCGGGGCGAACGCACAAUACGAGUCAUCAGAAAUCGAAAGCGAUGACGACAACGAAGUCAACAUUGAUGUUGACAAAAAGCUGACAGCCUCUAAACUGGAAGUAUUCGAUGAUGUAAAAUAUUUAGAUGAUUUGGGAGUUAACAAAGAUGGCGUCGAACAGAGCGAUGUCAUUAUAGAAACAUUUUCAUAUCAAAAUCCAGAUAAAAUAAGAAUUAAACGUCAAAUUAACGAUACAGAUAAUACAACGGAGAGUUUAGAAAAGGUGACAGAUGAUACUUACGCAUCAGAAUAUAGUCUAGGAGCUAAAGUCUCGAUGAACAAUGGUAAUAUAAAACUUAUGGGUUUAAGAGUUGAGGAUGGAGAGAAAACCAAAAUAGUGGAUACUAUACCAAGUGUACUAAGGGAAUAUCUGUUUACUGUUAGAUUAUUUGGUGAAGGUUUCACUGAAAGUACGGAAAUUGCUUUCACACAUAUCCCAGCUGAUUACGGUACACAAUGUGUAUUCCUAUUACCAGGAUAUCAUAAGGUUAAAGAGAUCACAGAAGAUUCAGCACUCUUCGAAAUAAUAGCACCAUCUCUUUCCGAUGACAACAGUUUCUAUAUUUGUGCAAGAAACGCCAAUGGUACAUUUUACCACCAAGGCAGCGAGAGAUGGAAAAUUCUAGCAGUUCACGACAAACUGCUGCCUCUCUGGGCUUCUUUGAUCCUCAUCGUCAUCCUCUUGAUGUUAGCUUCACUCUUCUCCGGUCUUAAUCUUGGUCUGAUGGCGUUAGAUAGAACUGAACUUAAGAUUAUUGCUAAUACGGGAACUGAAAAAGAAAGGAAGUACGCUAGAGCUAUAAUGCCUGUACGAGCUCAUGGAAACUAUCUUCUCUGUACUAUUUUAUUAAGUAAUGUCGCUGUGAACAGUACGUUUACUGUUAUUUUGGAUGAUUUGACGUCUGGCGUGGUGGCUGUUAUAGGUUCGACUUUGGCUAUUGUGUUUAUAGCCGAGAUAACACCACAAGCGAUUUGUGCAAGACAUGGACUGUUCAUUGGGGCGAAGAGCAUUUGGAUUAUGAAGAUUGUGAUGGGCAUAUGCGCUCCCUUAGCGUGGCCCACUAGCAAACUCCUAGACUACUUCCUAGGUGAAGAGAUCGGCACGCACUACAACAGAGAAAGACUAAAGGAGUUAGUCAAGGUAACUAACCAUGUCAACGAUUUGGAUAAAGAAGAAGUGAACAUCAUCUCUGGUGCUCUUGACCUUCGCAAGAAGACGGUCAAAGAUGUGAUGACGAAGCUCAAAGAUUGUUAUAUGCUGCCCAUAACAAGUGUUCUUGACUUCGAGACCAUGUCAGAGAUCGUGAAAUCUGGUUAUUCUCGUAUCCCAGUGUACGAGGGUAACAGGGGCAAUAUAGUUACGGUCCUGUUCAUCAAAGACCUGGCAUUCGUGGACCCUGAUGACAACACGCCGUUGAAGACCCUCUGCCAAUAUUAUCAGAACCCUUGCAACUUCGUCUUUGAAGAUAUCACACUUGAUAUUAUGUUGAAGCAAUUUAAAGAAGGUCACAAAGGUCAUAUGGCAUUCGUGCAACGUAUUGAAGAAGGGGACGGAGACCCAGUGUACGAGACUGUUGGACUGGUAACAUUAGAAGAUGUUAUAGAAGAGAUGAUUCAAGCUGAAAUUGUAGACGAAACUGAUGUUAUAAGUGAUAAUCGCACUAAGAAGAGAUUAGCUCGUCCAUUGAACAAGUUCCAGGAUCUGGCUUCAUUCGCUGGUCAUCAGCCGCAUCGUGUACACGUCUCCCCGCAGCUCGUGCUCGCCACCUUCCAGUUUCUAAGCACAAGUGUGGACGCGUUCCGUGCUGACAUGAUAUCUGAGACAGUACUCCGUCGUCUUCUGAAGCAGGACGUCAUCCAUCACAUCAAGUUACGUGGUGAUGAAGACAGGAAUGAUCCAAAGAGAUACGUCUUCCAGGAAGGCAAACCGGUGGAUUACUUCGUAUUGAUACUGGAAGGUCGUGUGGAGGUGACAGUAGGUCGGGAGAAUCUGGUGUUCGAAGCUGGACCAUUCACAUACUUUGGAGUUCAGGCUCUCACACAGAACAUUGGAGUUGCGGAGACUCCAGCACCGACAACGUUGGGUUCUCUGCAGAACCUGAACAUGGACAUGAUGCUGCGUCAUACCUUCGUGCCUGACUACUCAGUGCGAGCUAUUGCUGAAUUAUACUAUCUUACUAUAAAAAGAUCAAUGUACUUGGCGGCGAAGCGCGCUACUCUCAUGGAAAAAGGAGCUCUCAACAAGGGCAACACUAAUGAACAAAUAGAACCUGAAGUUGAUAAGUUGCUACGUGAUGGCGAUAAAAUGGAAGAAAUACCGGAGAAUGAGAAACUACCGAAACAGUUUCUACCAACAUCAGCAUCUCCGCAUACAAACUCAACGUUCAAAAACCACGACAAAGAUGGCAACCCCGAGGAAGAGAAACUACUGAAGUAGGCAACACUAACAAAUAUUACAUCGGGUAACAUUCACUUUGAACUCUACUGGAAUGACAUUUGUAUGUACGUUAUUUAUGUCAGCUCACUAACGCCCUCAUCUCAAAAAUAUCACAUGAUUUACGUUUUUUUUUUAAUUAUUUUAUGCCUAUUUGUCUGUGUCUAGAGUUAAUUACUAGCAGUGGACUCGAUUUUGUGAAAUUCUGUCUUGGGGUAGCAUU